AUGCGGGUAUCUGGCGCCCAUAAGCUCUCUUUUUUCAGUGAAACAUGUGAAAAGAUUGUGUGUCGUCUUCCAAGCUGCAGCGUGGAGGAGUUUGAGUCGUAUUACUGCGGGAACCUGCUGGUGAAUUUACCGUCAAAGGAGGCCAGCAUGUACCAGAACCGCUCGAGCCGCUGCUUCAGUUGCCCCGAGUGUGAAAAUGUGCUGUCCACUGCAUUUCACGAGAGCAAGCACGUAUUCUUCUUCCUGUGCUUGCACUGUCGCUGGGACUCGAUAGAGCUGGGGCUGACGGAUGACGAUCCCGACGCUCUCAUCAUGACUGCCAUCACGUGGGAGCGACAAGCGGUCCAGGAAGACGUUUUCCAAACAUUGUACUCGCAUCACUCGACAAAUGCAAACUGUUCGUCUAGCAAGGGAACGGCUACAGAUCUGUCGUUGAUAUCAGGGACUAUUUUUGGUCGGAAUAACUCGCUCCAGCUGCUGGCAGAUUCGAUGAAGGAGCUGCAACGCGAGCACCAGAUAAAGAAGUGUAGACUGCAAAGGACGGAAGAGAUGGGAGGUUGGAAGUAUGACCAGCUGCUGACAAAAGUACAGGAGAAGGAGCAGUGGCUGCUGGAGCAGCGGCAUGAACACCAGUGGCCGGAGCUAACGAAGCCACUUGCAGCGCUGCAGACCAAAGGAAUAUCGUGGAGAGAGAAUACACCGGAUAAGACUCGUGAGAUGCUGGAGAACUUGGCGCAGACAUGUAAUAUGGGCCAAGUGUCGACGUUGCACCAGCGACUACUGAAUCCGUUGGAUCAACCGCGCGAAAUCAACAAGCUUUUCCCGUCUCGACCACUGCUGCGGGUGAAGCGCACGUGGCGGUGUGAUGAAUCAAUUAAACGUGGCACAGCUGGCAUCCUUGUGAAGCCUCAGAUCAGCCCGAUGAGUGGAGAUAGCUCCCUUCCUGUGUCCGCAUCUUGGUUCAAAAAAGCCAAUCUGGCCGCACACUACGUGCCUCUAGUUACGUUCCAGCGACUACCCUAUCGUGAUGCUGGUGGUAGUCUUGAAUGUGUUUUGCUGAUUGAAAAUCCACUUGACGAUGCUAUUCGCAUCACAUUCCGUUCUGCCCCACCGUCUGAUGCUGAUAAAUUUUUACCUGAUAACGGACAGGUCGUGCUGCAAGAUUUGACUCCAAUCAUCAUUGGGCCGUAUGAAGACCCUGAUCUCGUGGAUGCGUUUGUGGAUGAUCAGCCGCCAUUUGGUGCUAAUGGUGACCAGCCUAACGCAGUGUUGCUUCAAGCUACCCGAAAUUUGAUCAAGAUCAAACUCCCUAUUGUCGCUGAUCUUGGUGAUGCAUCUCCAAAGUCGACUAUUUCAGCGCGAUUCAUCAUGGACACGGAAAAAUUCGAUGAAGAUGCCAAUGAGGUUAUUGAGAACUCCCUUCUUAGCGUUCCUGUUGUGAUUACAGCUCCGAUCCUGCAAUGA